GGAAUUUCAAAAAGCUAUUCCACACCAAAGGUUCUUGAUAAAAUUAAGUUUUCAACAUUAGAGGCAAGAUCCACUCCAGGAUCAAUAACUGGCUAAAAGAUGUGUACAAAUGAUCAAUUCUCACCAUGAACAGAGGUAAACAGUGGGGUUUCGUGGCUGGGGCCUCUGCUCUUCAACAUGAAAACCGAUGUUGAUUUCUGAACCAGAUGAGUUUGAUAUCAUGCUUAAGGUGCCAAUUCCAAGAAUACAGCUGGAUGAAUGUGAUGCCACUGGUGCCUUUCAUUAUGUAACUUUUAAAAGACAUCCUCAGAAACACCUGGACAAAUUUUUAGAUGAUGAUGGAAAAUUAUCAGCAGACACCAUGCUUUUAUCAGUGAGGAAUAUUAUUAAAGAAGAAGUAAAGAACAUAACAAACAUGACUGUGACUCUGAAGAGAAAAAAACCUGGAAGCCCUGCAGUAACACUUCUUAUUGAGAAACCUCAAACACAGAUAUCAGUGGAUAUAAUCUUGGCUUUGGAGUAUCGAAGUCAGAGCUGGCCCAGAAGUACACAGGAUGGUUUAAACAUUGACCAGUGGCUUGGGAAAAAAGUCAAACAGGCCUUUAAACAGAACCCACUUUACCUAGUACCCAAACAUGCCAAAAAUGAAAAGGUGAUAAAAGCAAGCACCUGGCGGCUCUCUUUUUCACAUAUUGAAAAGGAUAUUAUAAAGAAUCAUGGGAACGCAAAAACUUGCUGUGAAUAUGAUGGAGUAAAAUGUUGUAGGAAAGAGCGUCUUAAACUUCUGAAGUAUCUUCUGGAACAGCUUAAAGCAAAACACAGAAGCAGAAGAGAGCUGGACAAAUUCUGUUCCUAUCAUGCUAAAACUGCCUUCUUCCACAUGUGUGCUCGCCGGCCAGAAGACAAGGACUGGCAGUUUAAAGAUCUUGAUCGUUGUUUUCAUGAAUUCUUGGAUUAUUUUCUGGAUUGUCUCCAAAAGUCAGACCUUCCUCACUUUUUUAUUCCUAAACACAACCUGUUCAGUCCUGACCUGGUUGAUAUGGCAAGCAGUAACUUCCUUUCAAGGGAAAUUAAAUAUGAAUUAAAUAAUAGUUUCCCAAUAUUUAAACUGGAGAACUAAAGAGGCCAUACCAUUUUUCCUAGGUUUUAAUUCAGAUUUUAUAAAUCUGAAUAUUUAAAAAGGAACUCUAAAUGUGUAGUUACCCUGUGGAAGUAUGUGGUGCUACGUAAAGGAAAUAAUAAUAGGGGUCAAUAAAUGAUAUUUGUAUAUUUAAAUUAUACUACUCAGGAGAGGAGGACUAUAAACAGAAGGGCAAGACAUCCUUCCAGGUACACUGGAAUGGGUAAGAAUUAGGUAUUAUCUAUGCUUUCAAACUCCUUCCUAUUAUUCUGCAUAUAAAGACAUCAUCUGGUCACUCAGUCAGUAAAGCAAGAAUAUAAGGACUCAGUUAUGGAAGUGACCAUAAAUGACUGGUGCCUCCCGAGACUGGAGGGGGGGAGGGGGGCACCAUUUGUAGUCGGCAGCAAACGGGGACCGCCCAUAGAAGCUGGUGGCGGUGGCAAGUGGUGACCACCCGCAGAAACCAGUAGUGAUCAAUCUUGGGGGGGGAAGAGGCACGUGCCCCCCCUGCGUCCCCACUAUUCACUGCUUAUGGAAGUGACUUAAACAGAAUUAGACAAAUGGCCAAAAUAUGCACUUACACUGGUGCAAAUCUGAAGUUAGUGGAGUUAUACCAGCCUGAAAUGGGACACAAUGCUGAUUAUUUAGGAUUUGUUUCUUAAUGGUUAUUCUUUACAUCAACAGACAGAAUAUGGUGACUGACUUUAUGAAGAACUCCCCAGAUAACUGCCUUUAUUUCCUUACGUGAGAGGCAAGGAUUUCUUGGGGUGGUAUCCUGUAUUGGAACAACUAUGUAGUUGGAAUAAAGUUAGACAAGAUUUUGAAUACAAAACUCUUCACUGGCUGACUAAAAAAGAAAUCACCCUAAGAAAUCCUGGACUCGCAUAAUUUCUGGACCAUUACAGCUAUAUCACUUUAUUUCCUUAUACAUCUCCAGAGGUAUGUUAAAGAUGCAAUUGAAGUCUUCACAAACACAAAGCUUUUUAAUUAAUCUUAAAUACAAUUACAGAAUACAGAUUUGGGAGAAGUGCAGUGUCUGAAGCUGAAAAAAAGAAGAUGAACCUUGAUUGAUAUCACCAAUGAGCAAUACCACACUGAAGAUAACUACUUUGUUUGGAAUCUAGAUUAAGAGCAAGCACCCAUGAAUGCUCAGUUCAUCAUCUAUGCAGUUUGAUUCUAUCCUGUACCCUGUGGCUCUCCCUGUGCAACUUACCUACAGGAAUCCAUAUUGCAAAAAUGUUAGCAAUGUUCGUAUUUUGCAGCGGUGUAACAGUAUUAAAAUUGAAGUAGAUAUCUUUGUUUUAGCUGUCUUGAAGAGGAACACCUGCUUUAUAAAACUGAAGGCAAAUGAAAGUUCUUAAGUACUGAAGAUUCUGAUGCAUCAUAAAAGAUGUGCUUAAGGAUAACUCUGCUAUUCUCAAAUUAUAUUUCCUGGCACACAGGAAAGCUUCCUUGUGGAGGACACUAGCACAACUGAUUUUAAAAUGCUAACCAAACAGUUCUCCCACAGCAUC